UUCCAACCCGCCGCCCGCGGGAUCCCCCUUGCUCCAACGUCUCUCCGCCGCCGCCGCCUCCAUCCCAUCCCCCCCUCGCCGCAUUUGAAUACCUCACCCCCGCACCCCAGGCUCCAACCAGAGAUCCGGCCCCUCCUGUUCCCUCGCCCGCACCAGCCACCACAGCGCGACACACGCGGAGAGCGUCACAGCGAGCGAGCGAGAUGGCGGCGGCGGCGGAGGCGGACGGGGACGCCCCGAUCGCGGCGUUCGCGGUGUCCAAGGCCGGCGUCGUGCUCAAGCACAUCUUCCUCAACGCGCCCCCCUCGACGGAGGCGGCGGAGGAGGACCCGCCGGUGACGGUGGGGCGGCACCCCGACUGCCACGUGCUCGUCGACCACCCCAGCGUCAGCCGCUUCCACCUCCAGCUCCGGUCCCGGCGCCGCCAGCGCCGGAUCACCGUCACCGACCUCCGCUCCGUGCACGGGACUUGGGUGUCGGGCCGACGGAUCCCGCCCCACACGCCGGUGGAUCUGGCCGCCGGUGACACGCUGCGGCUCGGGGCCUCCAAGAGGGAGUACAGGCUGCUCUGGCUGUCGCUGCGCGAGGCGCUUGAGAUGGAGGAUGCGCCGUACAUGCCACCGCUGACUGAGGACAAAGAGGAGCCCCACGUGUGUCAGGAGGCCAGCAGCCAGUUGGUGGCUCCUGAGCAGAGGGAGUCAGCAGACAUGAAGGCCUAUCAGGAGACAAGUCAACAAAUUAUGUUAGAAGAAAUUGCUUCUCCAGCCGAAGUGAUCCCCUCAGCACCACCAUUACCUGACUUUUCUCAUUCCUUUCCUGUGGAAGAAUCUUCGCUUUCCCAAUUUCAUGAGAACUUUGAGGGACUGACAGAGGAUAAGUUGGUUGACAAGAAUCCAAUUUCACAAUCUUUUGGCUCUCUGAUCAUACAGCAAAUGCCAGCUGCGUUGCCAAAUGCUGGAAGACCAGCCCAGUCAGACCAAGUGUCCAAGAGGUCCAAGUUACAGUCAGUUAAAUCACUUCGUAUUGACACAGGCAGGAGCAGCGAUAGAAGCAAUGCUCUGAGCUAUAGUGUUCAGAAAGGAGAGCAAAAUGAGAUUCUUGUAUGUUCUCAGAGCUGCGGGACAGAGUGUGCUGCCUGCAUAGCUUUAUUUGGUAUUUCUGAAUAUGAAAGUGCUGAAGAAAUGGAAGAGAUGAUUGCAGAAGUUAAGGGCCAUAUGAAUCCCCCAGCCAGCAUUACCAUGGAGGGAAAUAAGAAUGAGCCAAACACUGAGAAUUAUGUCCCACAAGAUUCAGUUGAUGCAAUGCAGAAGAGACAUGGCUUGUUUGAAUCUGCUCUCCCUUCGCAUUUCAUAGAUGAUGCCUUUGCAGAAAAAGAAAUUCCACAAUGGAAUGCUGCUACUGUUAGUACGGAAUCUGAACCUGUUCCAGAAAAUCUGGUAACACCAGAAUCGAAGCAUGAUUGUUUGGUCCAUCUUAACUUGGAGGGAAGUCUCUUAAACAAGGAGAACAUGGUGGCAAAUAAGAUUGCUGAUGAUUCUGAGAACUAUCAGCUUGACAGCACAAAUGGUGGGAGAAAUGAAGAAAUCAGUCCACUAGACAAGGAGAAUAACACCCUAACACCAGAAACGAAGCAUGAUUGUUUGGUCCAUCUUAACUUGGAGGGAAGUCUCUCAAACAAGGAGAACAUGGUGGCAAAUAAGAUUGCUGAGGAUUCUGAGAAUUAUCAGCUUGACAGCACAAAUUGUGGGAGAAAUGAAGAAAUCAGUCCACUGGACAAGGAGAAUAUCACCCCCAAUGUAUCAGGUAACAUAGUAAUGGAGAGGAGCCGCGUAGGUCUGAAGUCUACCAUUUCCCAAGAGUUGAUGGAUUCCAUUUCCCCUCUGAAUUUAGAUCAUGAGAACCCCAUGCUGAAAGCUGCAAACCAGAUGAAAUCAAAUGAACCUGUCUCCGAGAAUAUUAGCCCUCUAACUCCAGUUGAUAAAAAACUGCAGAAAUUCCAGAUGGAGUCUAUGCCCAUUUCACAUCUGGAAUUCAAUGCUGACAUCUUUCCGGAUCGGGAAUACUCAGUGCUGGCUCCUGAAAAGUAUGAAGCUAUCUCCCCUGUGAAGCAGGAAGAUCUGUUCUCAAACAACGAGAAUGUGACUCCUCCUUCUAAGGUAAAGUCCGUUGUUAGAAGAGUUCUUGGGUCAAGGAUGGAUAGUUCAGUGUCAGCAAAGAACACUUCAAAUAAGGAGAAAACAAAGUCUGAAAAAUUGCACACCGUAGAUUAUGAUGUUUUCUAUUCAGAUAAGGAGAAUUUGACACCUGUAUCUUCAGGAGGCAUGAAAGCAAGGAAGUGUCUUCCCAAGAACCUCAUAGUCGAUUCAGAUCAAGAUCAGGAAACAUUCUGCUCUGACAAGGAGAACCUGACACCACUAUCAUCUGCAGCUCGGAAAACAAGGGAUAUGUCUGAAAACCGUGCGCAAGUAGAAAGUGCAAUGGCAAAGAAAAGGGUUGCUGAUAGGAUCCCCUUCCAGACUCUUAUGUCAAAUUCGCCUUUGAGACCCGAUAGCUCGCUUGACUGUAACUGUGCUAUUGCUAGGCCAGCUGACAUCGCUGCUGGUGACUUGGCGAUCAAGUUGGAAGAUAAACUUAACAAUAUUGCACAGAAUAACCAAGAAUCUGGUAUAGCUGGACAAGGGAUGAAAGCCUGGACCAUGGUGGCUAACACCGACAGCCUUCUCGAUGACGAAUCUAUGAAGUCUAUUAUGCUGUUAAAAGGCAUAAAAGGAACUCAUCUGUUCAUACCAAGGAUUGUGAUCAGGGAGCUGGAUUCCAUGAAGCAGCGGGAGGGCCUGUUCAGGCGGUCUACCAAGGCGACCUCCACGCUCCAGUGGAUUGAGGAGUGCAUGGCGACCGAGAGGUGGUGGAUCCACGUCCAGAGCUCGUCCGAGAUGCUCCCCGUCGCGCCGACCCCGCCCGCCACCCCCUCAGCGCAGCGCAUCGAUGAAGAAAUCAAGGUCGGUUCUGGCUCCUUCAACCCGAUGGCACUGAUCUCCCCGAGAGGCCUGUUCUCCCCUAGAGGCUUCGAGCUCGCGGACGUCGUCUCCCCGAAACCCGAGGACCGCGUCCUCGACUGCGCGCUCCUUCUGACCAAGCUCAGGAGCGACCACAACGUCGUGGUGCUGUCCGACAGCGUCGCGCUCAAGAUCAAAGCCAUGGCGGAGGGCGUGGUUUGCGAGGGGGCGAGGGAGUUCCGCGAGUCCCUGAUGAACCCGUGCGCGGGGCGGUUCAUGUGGGCGGCCAGCGCGCCGCGGGGCCCGGCGUGGUCGCGCCUGGACGCUGCGGCGCUGGCGGAGGACUACUACAACAGCCGCCACCACCACCACCACCAGGCGAGGGGGCAGCGGCAGAGGCGGCCCGCCGCCGCGGAGGCCGCCAGGGGCCUGAAGCUGAUCCUGCGGCACAACUCCCUGUACGCGCAGGCGACGGACGCCGCCGCCAGGAUGACGCCGCCGCCGCUGCUCUCGCUGGCCUCGGUGUGAGAAGUGAACGCCGUCGCUGGCGGGCGGAGCUGGGGGCCGUGUGAUGAUGAGCUCUUGAGAGGGGCGCGCGCACGCUUGCCAUCGUGGCGGGCGGUUUUGGUUUCGUGCAUCCGACUGCCGUGAACGGGUGGUGGGUUGGUGACGUGCCCGGCUGCCGCGGCGCACGUGGAGAUGCCUGGCUGGUUGGUGAGGUCUGGGGACGGGAAGUACGGAGUAGAAUAAAGGGAAAUUUGUGUACAGGACAGUCUGAAAGACUGGUUUUCAGACUGGUUUUGUGUGAAGCACACUGUAAAAGCUGAAUUUAUCUCCAACACAUCGUAAAAUUGCAAUUUUGUCUCCAACACACCAUGCUGAGUAUAAUAAUCAAUUUUAACUUAGAGAUGGUGUAAAAAGACCAUUUUGCCCCUGGGCC